CUACCUUUAUAUAAACAACACUCAGAGUACAGACUGUGAGGGGAAAAAAAUUAAUGGGUUACAUAACAUUAAAUAAUGAAGAAUUAACAUUAGGGGGAAAUAACCCUUUAUGUUUUGUUUUAGGCACUAAAACUCCUCCUUCUCAGGUGAAUCAUAAAAGUUAAACUAUUACAACAGGGUCUGUAUUGUCAUAUGAGGAAGUAAACUACAUUAAGAGAGAAAAAUGCAAUGAAACCAUGUCCUCCAGAAUGAAUCUCUCUGAAGAACAUGACACACAGGUGAAGACAGUCAAGAGUCUGAUUCAGCGUUUUGAAUCAGAUUUACCUGAACACAUGGAUGUGUCUGUGAGGAAAAGCCCAGCGAUGGAUGUUUCAGAUCUCUGCAGAGAGGAAGACACUUCUGUUGAGUCCAGUCUGUGUCAGAAUGAAUCUCCUGAACCCAGCUGUGUGUCCAUGAAGAGUGACCGGUCUAUGCGUCAUCAAAUUUUAUUCAGUUUGGGAGACACAUCUACUGAUCUGAGUCAAAAACAUAAAGGACCACAAUCACAUACAGCAAAGAAGAACAUAAUAGACUCCAUUUUUAAGGAGCUUGAGCACAAAAUCAUCUCUGAGUUAAAAAGUUUUAAAAAACUACUGAGUCCAGAUAACCCAGAAUGCUCUGAAAGAGACCGUUAUGAUGAUGAGGGUCAUAACAGAGUCAGAGAGGGUCUUCUGAAGAUCACACUGCUCCUCCUGAGGAAGAUGAACCAGACAGACCUUGCUAACACACUACAGACCAAACUGAUGCCUGUGUAUCAACAAAAACUUAGAUCCAGACUACAGGAUAAAUAUCAGCGACUCAGUGAAGGAUUGUCCAAUCAUGGAGAUUCAACACGUCUGAAUGAGAUCUACACAGAGCUCUACAUCACAGAGGGAGGCAGUGGAGAGGUCAAUAAUGAACAUGAGGUGAGACAGAUUGAGACAGUGUCCAGGAGACCAGAGACACAGGAGACACCAAUCAACUGCAAUGAUAUAUUUAAACCCUCACCUGGACAAGACAAACCCAUCAGAACUGUGCUGACUAAAGGAGUCGCUGGAAUUGGAAAAACAGUCUCUGUGCAGAAGUUCAUUCUCGACUGGACUGAAGGAAAAGCCAAUCAAGACGUUAAUUUAAUAUUUCCACUUCCUUUCAGGGAACUGAACUUGAUACAGAAACAUAUCAGUCUUGUGGAUCUCGUAAAACACCUUCACCCAGAAUCAAAAAAAUUAAAGUUAGCAGAUUAUGAGAAAAACAAAGUCAUGUUCAUAUUUGAUGGUCUGGAUGAGUGUCGAUUCCGUCUAGAUUUCCAAAACAAUCAGAGCUUGUCUGAUGUGACAGAAUCAGCUUCAGUGGAUGUGCUGCUGACCAAUCUCAUCAAGGGGAACCUACUUCCUUCUGCUCUCCUCUGGAUCACCUCUCGACCAGCAGCAGCCAACCAGAUACCUCCUGAGUGUGUCCACCAGGUCACAGAGGUACGAGGAUUCAACGACCCUCAGAAGGAGGAAUAUUUCAGGAAGAAAAUAAAUGAUCCGAGUCUGGCUGAUAAAAUCGUCACACACAUCCGAUCAUCAAGAAGUCUGUUCAUCAUGUGUCACAUUCCAGUCUUCUGCUGGAUUUCAGCCGCUGUUCUGGAGAGGAUGAUGGGUAAAGCAGAGAGUGCAGAGAUCCCCAAGACUCUCACACAGAUGUUCACACAUUUCCUGAUCUUUCAGACCAAACUAAAGACACAGAAGUAUGAUGGGAAAUCUGAAAUCGAUCCUGAUCACGCUAGAAAGACUAUUCUGUCUCUAGGAAAACUGGCUUUUGAACAGCUGGAAAAAGGGAACCUGAUCUUCUAUGAGGAGGACCUGAAAGAGAGUGGCAUUGAUGUCAAAGAAGUGACAGUUUACUCAGGAGUUUGUACCCAGAUCUUCAGAGAGGAGUUUGGACUGCAGCUGGGGAAGGUGUUCAGCUUUGUUCAUCUGAGUAUUCAGGAGUUUCUUGCUGCUUUAUUCAAGCUGAUGUCCUUUUCUGAGCAAAACACAGGACUGUGGAAUGAGUUCAGGUCACCAAUGAGCAGUUUACUGAAGAGAGAAGUGGACAAUGCCUUACAGAGUGAAAAUGGACACUGGGAUCUUUUCAUCCGGUUCCUUCUAGGUCUCUCUCUAGAGUCUAAUCAGACUCUCUUACAAGGCGUCCUGAGAAAGACAGUAAGCAGCUCUGAUAUCAAUCAGGAAACAGCUGCAUACAUCAAACAGAAGAUCAGGGAGAAUCCCUCUCCAGAGAAAUCCAUCAAUCUGUUCCACUGUCUGAAUGAACUGAAUGAUCGUUCACUAGAGCAGGAAGUACAAACAUAUCUGCGCAGAAAAAGUCUCUCUCUCUGGAGUCUCUCUGGAGUCAACCUGUCUGCUGCUCAGUGGUCGGCUCUGGUGUUUGUGCUGUUGAACUCAGAAGAAGAGCUGGAUGAGUUUAAACUGAGGAAAUAUGAUCGAUCAGAAGAAUGUCUUCUGAGGCUGCUCCCAGUGAUCAAGGCAUCUAGAAAGAUUGAUCUUUCCAGCUGUCGUAUUACACAGAAAGGCUGUGCUGCUCUGUCUUCAGUUCUGAUAUCAAACCCCUCACACCUUAGAGAACUGGAUCUGAGCUGUACUACACCAGGAGACUCAGGAGUGAAGCUGCUCUCCGCUCUACUGGAGGAUCCACACUGUAAACUGAAGAAACUACAGCUGAGUAACUGCAGUAUUGGAGAGGAAGGCUGUGAUGCUCUGAUUUCAGCUCUGAGAACAAACUCCUCACACCUGACAGAACUGGAUCUGAGCCGUAAUAAACCGGGAGACUCAGGAGUGAAGCUGCUCUCUGUUCUACUAGAGGAUCCACACUGUAAACUGGAGAAACUAUGGCUGUGUGACUGCAGUAUUGGAGAGAAAGGCUGUGCUGUUCUGAUAACAGCUCUGAGAUCAAACCCCUCACAUCUGACAGAACUGGAUCUGAGCUGUAAUAAACCAGGAGACUCAGGAGUGAGACUGCUCUCUGCUCUUCUGGAGGAUCCACACUGUAAACUAGAGAAACUAUGGCUGAGGAGUUGCAGUAUUGGAGAAAAAGGCUGUGCUGCUCUGAUUUUAGCUCUGAGAUCAAACUUCCCACACCCGACAGAACUGAAUCUGAGAUGUAAUGAACCAGGAGACUCAGGAGUGAAGCUGCUAUCUGCUCUACUGGAGGAUCCACACUGUAAACUGAAGAAACUACAGCUGAUUGGCUGCAGUAUUGGAGAGGAAGGCUGUGCUGCUCUGAUUUCAGCUCUGAGAUCAAACCCCUCACACCUGACAGAACUGGAUCUGAGUGAUAAUACACCAGGAGACUCAGGAGUGAAGCUGCUCUCUGCUCUACUGGAGGAUCCACACUGUAAACUGAAGAAACUAUGGCUGAGGGGCUGCAGUAUUGGAGAGGAAGGCUGUGCUUCUCUGAUUUCAGCUCUGAGAUCAAACCCCUCACACCCGACAGAACUGGAUCUGAGACUUAAUACACCAGGAGACUCAGGAGUGAAGCUGCUCUCUGCUCUACUGGAGGAUCCACACUGUAAACUGAAGAAACUACUGCUGAUUAACUGCAGUAUUGGAGAGGAAGGCUGUGCUGCUCUGAUUUCAGCUCUGAGAUCAAACCCCUCACACCUGACAGAACUGGGUCUGAAUGUUAAUACACCAGGAGACUCAGGAGUGAAGCUGCUCUCUGCUCUACUGGAGGAUCCACACUGUAAACUGGAGAAACUACAGCUGAUUAACUGCAGUAUUGGAGAGGAAGGCUGUGCUGCUCUGAUUUCAGCUCUGAGAUCAAACCCCUCACACCUGACAGAACUGGAUCUGAGCUGUAAUACACCAGGAGACUCAGGAGUGAAGCUGCUCUCUGCUCUACUGGAGGAUCCACACUGUAAACUGAAGAAACUACAGCUGUAUGACUGCAGUAUUGGAGAGGAAGGCUGUGCUGCUCUGAUUUCAGCUCUGAGAUCAAACCCCUCACACCUGACAGAACUGGGUCUGAGUGGUAAUAAACCAGGAGACUCAGGAGUGAAGCUGCUCUCUGCUCUACUGGAGGAUCCACACUGUAAACUGGAGAAGCUAUGGCUGAGAUACUGCAGUAUUGGAGAGGAAGGCUGUGCUGCUCUGAUUUCAGCUCUGAGAUCAAACCCCUCACACCCGACAGAACUGGAUCUGAGUGGUAAUACACCAGGAGACUCAGGAGUGAAGCUGCUCUCUGCUCUACUGGAGGAUCCACACUGUAAACUGAAGAAACUACUUAUUUGACAGUGGAAACUCCACAAGCUACAAACAACUGAAUCAAAACAACAUGUCCUGAACAAGACUGUCAUCUGGACAAAUGCUAAUAUUGUAGUUACAUUUUUUUCACUACCUUAGGGAGGUAAAAUAGUGCAGUGAUGGUUACAUGUCACUAUUGACAUUAUAAUUUUUGGAUCACGUGUCACUUAAGGUGUGGUUAUGAGUACAUUACAUAAGAAAGAUUGGUGGAGCCUAUCUUGUAGAGCCUAUUUCUGUAUCAUUUACACAAUGAAGACACACAAGUAAUAACAUUAGUUGUAUAAAGAAAAGAUAUACAAGUGUAAUCAACAACUACUAAAUGAAUACC